AGUCUAUGGUUAUUAUUAAUCAUCAGAUUGAAAAUGAAAGUAAAAAUAUUUUCAUUUUCAGCAGAUUUAUUGUGUGAAUAUGAUAGGCUCAAAACUGGUUGUUCUGAAAUCGACAAAAUUUUAAGAGGAGGAUUUAGAAAUAAUAUUUUAAAUGAAUUAGUUGGAACUGCUGGUUCUGGUAAAACACAAAUCUGUUUGUACCUUUCAUUAAUGGUUCAACUACCAAAGCAGUUUGGAGGUCUGAACAAAGCUGCUGUUUAUAUUUGUACAGAAGAUGUAUUUCCGAUUAAGAGGUUAUAUCAAAUGAGUUCUUAUUUUGAGCAGAAAUUCGGAAUUGAGAAUUCUUUGGAUAAUGUCUUCAUAAGUCAUAUUGCUGACAGUCAGAGACUCAAGAAAGUUUUAUGUUUUGAUAUAAAACAUCUUGGAAGAUUUAAAAGUAUUGGCCUUAUAGUUAUAGACUCAAUUGGUGGCCUUUUUCGAAAUCAUAGUUCAGGAAUGAGAUAUGAUCAUCGUAGUAAAGAUUUAGCUAAAAUAGCUGAGGAACUGAGAAAGUUGAGCUCAAGAUUUAAAUGUAUUAUUCUUUGCUGCAAUCAGAUGACAGAUAAUAUAAAAACUGGGUGCUCAGAACCUUGCUUAGGUUUGUCGUGGAGCAAUUUAGUUAAUAGCCGAUUUCGUAUUACAAGAACCACUUCAUCAUGGAGAACUUUUGAAAUUAUAUUUUCCCCUGAUUUACCUCCUGCACAUUGCAACUUUUCAAUUGCCAAUACUGGAAUCAAAUAAAAAUUUAAAUGUGUUAUAAUAUUAAGAAAACAUCCUUCAUUGUCAUCAAUAUUUAUGGUAAUGGAUUGACAUAUGUGAUUGAUAACAAAUAAAUGAACAGCUUAUGAGCAUCCUGGAAAUGGA